AUCUGCGAGUGCUCUUGCGAGAAAAGAAACUUCUGCUUAAGAUGGGGGAUCGGCAAUAGGGAAAGGAGACAUGCUGAAACGUGGUGGCAAAACUAGUUACAACCCCUACUCUACGAGUCAGAGAGUUAAGAAACGGUCUAAAUCCAAGGACAGGCUGGACAUAUUGCCCACCAGCCCCAAUGUACAACUUAAGCAGCUUUCCAUUCUCCAAGAACAGCCUCGCAAGGAUGCUGAUGAAAUCUUCCUCUCCUCUUCACCCUGCUCUUCUUCAUCCUCCGCUACCCUCACACCCAGCUCUGCUGGGUCCCAGGAUCCCUCCCUGUCCUGCCCAGGCACUCCUAGCACCCAGCACAGCAAACUCGGUGCAAUACAGGGGGUAGGCUGCCCCCCCCCUGUUGCCACCCUGAGGAGACCCACUGCCCUCAGCAGACAUGCCAGCGCUGCAGGAUUCCCGCUCCAGUCGUGGGUGUUCACCAAAGGCCAGGGGAGGGGGGCCCUGACACCCACAACCCCAUCUGAUUCUCCAGAGAGCACGGUCAUCGAGGUGGAGGACAUUCCUGCCCUACUGAGAGACGUGGCACGCUUCGCCGAGGCUGUGGAGAAACUGAAGGAUGUGGUGAUGGCUGAGGGUAAAAAGGAGAGUCGGCGUCCCAUGGCCCACGAGUGUCUGGGAGAGGUUCUGCGAGUGCUGCGGCAGGUCAUUAACACCUACCCUCUGCUAAACACUGUGGAGAUCCUCACUGCGGCCGGCAAACUCAUAUCUAAGGUCAAAGGUUUUCACUAUGAGGUUUGUAACGAGGCUGAUAAAAACGAGUUCGAGAAGGCCAUCGAGACCAUUGCAGUUGCUUUCAGUAGCAAUGUGUCCGAAUUGCUAAUGGGGGAGGUGGACAGCAGCACCUUGCUCUCCCUGCUGCCCACUGAGAAGAGCAGGUCCAUGGAAAACCUGUAUGCUGUGUCAGGCCAGGGACCAGAUGGAGGCCAGUUUAGGAAUGACCUGCACGACAUGAGUGAGGAGGUGGAUGUAAUCCUCCAGCACAGUGAAGGGGGGGUGGACUCUGCUCUGCUCUAUGCCAAGUCCAUCUGCAAAUAUAUAAAGGACCUGAUCAGCUAUGUGGAGAAAAGGACCUCGCUGGAGAUGGAGUUCUCCAAGGGUCUCCAGAGACUGUACCAUUCCUGUAAACACAGCAUCACACAUCCUCACAUGCCCUUGUUCUCCAUCUACUCAUUGGCUCUGGAACAGGACCACGAGCAGAGUGUGGGGGUUCAACAGGCCAAUGCCACACUGCACAAUCAGACUUUCAUCCAGCCUCUUGUGCAGCGUAAACAGGAGCAUGAGAAGAAACGGAAGGAGCUCAAAGAGCAGUGGCUCCGAGCCAAGAGGAAACUGGUGGAGUGCGAGUUGAACCUGCGGAAGUUUAAGCAAGCCUACAUGGCCCGUUGUGAGGAGUAUGACAAGGCCAAAACCGCCGCCAGCCGAGCCGAAGAGGAGGCAGGGGGGUCCACAGCCAAGUCCCUGGAGAAGAAGAAACGCGUGGAGGAAGAGGCGCGCAACAAGGCAGAUGAGGCGGAGGCCACCUACAGGACUUGCAUAGCUGACGCAAGCUCUCAACAGCUGGAGCUGGAGCACACCAAGGUUACUGUACUCAGGCAGCUACAGGAGGUCAUCAAACAGAGCGACCAGACCCUUCGCUCGGCAACCAUCUCCUACUAUCAGAUUAUGCACAUGCAGACCGUAGCUUUGCCGGUCCACUACCAAACUCUGUGUGAAAGCAGUAAACUGUAUGACCCAGGCCAGCAGUACGCCGCCCAUGUCCGAGACAUGCAGCUACCUGAGCAGGCCAGCGUUCACUACAAGUUCGAAGCUUAUUCCCCUGCCAACUCAGCCUCCACACCGCAGGGCCACAGGCCCAGGAACGACAGUUUCAACACAGAACAGGUCAGCAGCACAGACAGUUCUGUCAGCACUGUGGACACAGUAUCUGCAGAAAGCAGAGAGAUGGAGGGCAACUCCAAGAAGUGGGGCCACAAGUCAUGGGGCUCAACAGUCAGCGAUGACAGUGUUGGCGGAGAGGGCUGCCUGGAGUCUCCAACUGUCGACUCAAGGGACAUCAGUAAAAUGGCUCGGACCUCCUCCACUGGAACCAUGUCCUCCAAUGAGGAUGCAGAUGAGAAGGAUGGGAAUGUGGCUUCUUUUGAAACCCCAAAUGGCAACAGUAUGGAGCCUGAUGUGGUUGUCUCCACUGGACCUUUCCGUAACAUUGGCCUGUCCAAAGCAGCUCAGACACACCGUCUGAGGAAGCUACGGACCCCAGCCAAAUGCCGGGAGUGUGACAGCUAUGUUUAUUUUCAGGGGGCUGAAUGUGAAGAGUGUUUCCUGGCGUGUCAUAAGCGUUGUUUGGAGACACUUGCCAUUCAGUGUGGCCAUAAGAAACUCCAGGGUCGCCUCCAGCUGUUUGGCAGGGAUUUCUCCCAUGUGGCCAGCUGUGCCAGUGAUAGCAUCCCCUUCAUCAUCACCAAGUGUAUCUCGGAGAUAGAGAGACGAGCACUAAAAAUGAAGGGUAUCUACAGGGUGAAUGGGGUCAAGACUCGGGUGGAGAAGCUGUGCCAGGCGUUUGAGAAUGGCAAGGAGCUGGUGGAGCUGUCCCAGUGUUCACCUCAUGACAUCAGCAAUGUCCUGAAGCUCUACCUCAGACAGUUGCCUGAACCCAUCAUGCUGUUUCGUUUGUACAACAGUCUGAUGGGACUGUCCAAAGAGAGCCGGCAGAGCGAGGGAGACACCCCAGAGGGAGAGGAGGCCGUGGUGAGUAAGGGACCGGAAUUGGUAGACCUUGGCCCAAACACAGACCCCGAGGUCCUGGUGUUUGUGGAUAAGCUUGGGGAGUUACUGAAAGACCUGCCCAAAGCCAACUUCGCCACGCUUCGCUACAUCACUCGCCACCUGCGCAGAAUUGCAGAGUUGGAACAGGAAAACAAAAUGAGUCCCAGUAACCUGGGAAUUGUGUUUGGGCCUUCUUUGAUGCGUCCCCGUCCAACCGGGGCCACAGUGUCACUGUCCUCCCUGGUGGACUACCCCCACCAGGCUCGUAUUGUUGAGGCCCUGAUAGUCUUUUACACUUCAAUCUUCCAGUCCAAACCCUCAUCUUCAAGCAUCGACAGCCGCACUCCUUCCACGUCAACUCAAAUGAGUGACACAGCAGACGACAAAACAAGAAGCUCUUCUGAAGUGGAAGAGGGAGGCAGCGAGGAGCAAAGCAAACCAGACUGUGACAAGAUGGAGGAAGGAUGUGGCAGUUCUCAGGGGUCGCUGGGCUCAAGCGAGCAACUGUCUGACUCUGAACUAGACUCCCAACGUCCCCACAGCCUGGUCAAGCAAGAGAGCGAGGUCAGCACAGAGGACGACCAGGCGAGCUGUAGGGACAGUCUGGACCUGUCGAGCCAGUCUAUCGCACAGUCCGAGCAAGAAGAAGAUGGUCGGGAUCAGGAGAGCCUGGAGUCGCCUGGUGGAGUAGACCCCCCAGCACCACCAGACAGCGAGCCCCCAGAUGAGGAAGUAGGAGGAGAGCCGCAUCUGAGCACCUCCCUGGCGGUGCUAAACCUGAACCAGUCCAACAAUAAACAUCUGUACUACCCUGUUCAGAGCCUGGCCGGCCUUCGCCUGGCCAGCCUCCACAUGGCACACCUGUGUGAUAGGAAACUACCUUUGACCAGAAGCAGGGACUGGGAGUCUGAAUUUGUUUGACACCAUUACAAUCAAUUGGGGUGUGUUUGUGUUGUAUCCAUUGUAUUAGUAAACGGCUUCUCCAGUAAGAUUUUUUUUUUUUUUUUUUUUUUUUGGAAUAUCAGAAUUCAGGAAUCUAUACUUGAACAUGCUUUAAAUGCAAGAUUAGUGCACUGAAUUUGUAUGUAGAGCCCCUUUUUUAAUGAACGUCAAGAUUAAUGUAAGUAUUUGUUUCUUGUAGAUGUGCCAAGUGUGUAUUGAUCUAUCCUGGCUUUGGUACUUCUGUAUUCAACCCCCACCAUUUCCGGCGCUUGUUGCCAUUUCGAGCGAUCACUCAUUUCAUUUGAAGCUGCUUCAGUUUGAACAAUUAGAAAUGUAUUCAAGUUACAAUUGGUAUAUGUAACUAUUUUAUAUAUUGCUCUUAAAAUCUUAAUGCUUGGUCUAGUAGGCUGUCUUGUGUGUGUGAUGCUUUUUAAAGUGCUGCUGGUUUUAUUUCAGCACUAAAUUUAAAAAAACUUACAUUUUAUUCUUAUGAUGCCUUGUUUGUAUUUUUGUUAUAAUAAAUUGACAUUUU